UGACAGAAGGAAGAGAACUAGUGACAGAAGGAAGCCAACAUCAAAAAGCCGGGUUGUUCUGUUGGUUUCUUGAAGAAACUGGGAUCUAUGGCCGUUAAAGGGAUGAAUUUGUGCAGUGUUUGCUGUCUUGUCCUGUAUUUUGUUGCGGCAGUGCUUGCAGGGCGAGAUUUCUACAAGAUCUUGGGGGUGAGCAAGUCGGCAUCUGUGAGGGACAUCAAGAAGGCUUACAGAAAGCUGGCUCUCCAGCUUCACCCUGACAGAAACCCAGAUGACCCUACUGCUGCUGACAAAUUCGCAGACCUGGGGUCAGCCUAUGAGGUGCUUUCAGAUGAUGAGAAGAGGAAGCAGUAUGAUGCAUACGGAGAGGAUGGUCUGAAAGAGGGUCACCAUGGUUCUCACAAUGAUAUCUUCUCCAGUUUCUUUGGGGACUUUGGCUUCAUGUUCGGAGGAAACAGGCAAGGACAACAGGACAGGAACAUUCCCAGAGGAAAUGACAUAGUACUAGACCUGGAGGUCACACUCGAAGAAGUGUACUCUGGGAACUUUGUAGAGGUUGUGCGCAACAAGCCUGUAGCCAAAGAGGCCCCUGGGAAAAGGAAAUGCAACUGCAGACAGGAAAUGAGGACGACGCAGCUCGGACCUGGACGCUUCCAGAUGACCCAGGAAGUAGUGUGUGACGAGUGCCCCAAUAUAAAGCUGGUGAAUGAGGAGAGAACUUUGGAGGUGGAGAUUGAACAGGGAGUGAGAGAUGAGAUGGAGUACCCUUUCAUUGGAGAAGGUGAACCUCACAUCGACGGAGAGCCAGGGGAUCUACGCUUCCGCAUCAAAGUUAUGAAACAUCCAGUGUUUGAGCGUCGAGGAGAUGACCUGUACACUAACGUCACAAUCUCCCUGGUAGAGGCUCUGGUUGGCUUUGAGAUGGACAUCACACACCUCGAUGGACAUACGGUUCACAUUGAGAGGGACAAGAUCACCAAGCCCGGUGCCCGGCUGUGGAAGAAGGGAGAAGGCCUGCCAAAUUUUGACAACAACAACAUCCGUGGAUCUCUCAUUGUCUCCUUUGACAUCGAGUUCCCACAGACACAGCUGGAUGGCAAUCAGAAAGAGGGAGUGAGGGGGAUUCUGAAACAAUCGUCAGUACAGAAGGUUUACAAUGGACUACAGGGAUACUGACACACCAAAAGACAGUCUGGACUGAGUUCUGUGCCACACAAACAAACACACAAACAAAGGAGUACGCAUAGGGGUGUAUUUAUUUUUUGAUUGUUCUCAAAAUGGGUUGAUUUGUUUUAUUUUCUAAUAUUCUACAUUCUGAAAGUGGCUUGAUGUUUUUUUUUUAUAAAGAAGUCCUGGUUAUAUUUAAUGCUGUAUAUGUCCUUUUAAUUUGCUUGCCCUUGCCCCCAAAAUUAUUUUACUAACAUCUUAAUUCCGCUUCAAAUGACAAAUUACUUAUUUGCUUCAAUUUGGAGAGUUUGGAUCUUCAAGUCAACAUACCUUUUUAAUAUCAACUACUGUCAUCCAAUGUCAACCCCUCACAUACAUCUUGGAUCAUGAAAGCUCACAUUUACAAUGUUAAACCCAUCACAUCUGACUGAGCUCUAGAAGAGGAGCUUUCCUGGAAUCAAAGGACUCUAGAGUCAACAACUUCUCAUGGACAUCAGCAAGACUGGAAAACUAUUCCCCACCCUGUUUUGAUAAGUUGUAUGUAUGUAGUACUGUACUAGGUCGUUUCAUUUAACCUUAAGGGAUUUUAACCCCUCCUACACCUUAAACGAUUCUGUCAUUUAACCCAGUUUCCUUUGUCAUAUUCCUGUUCAGUAAUAUCUCAAAACACUUGUAAAUAGGAUAGAACAUACAACAUUUUUAGUUUUUUUGCUUUGUUGAAUUAGAUUGUAUGUUUAGAUGUAUUCUUUGUGGUGUAAGGUCUUGAGUGAGCAUUCUGUCUGCUGAAAGAAAGGCCACUUUGAGAGUACUUCUGGAGCUACCUAGCUGCCUCCUCGUCAGGGUGGCAAGGAUAUCAUCCUCAUCUGGAGACUCCAUCUCCAGCGUGCUCUGCCUCCCACCACCAUCCACCCCUCUUGCUCUGCCUCCCACCACCAUCCACCCCUCUUGCUCUGCCUCUCCUCUCAGACUAUGUGUGUGUCUGAAAUGGCACACUUUUCCCUAAAUAGUGUGUUACUUUUUGACCUGCUCCCAUAGGGUUCUGAUCAGAAGUAGUGCACUUUUUAAAGGGCAUAGGGUGCCAUUUCAGACACAGCCCUGUGUUCUUUGGACUGCUCCUCCUGACUGAAAGAGACUACUGUGAAUAAUGGGAUGUGCUAUAGUACAGGAGGGAAAAUGUACUUUUCAAUUAAAAGUUUAUAAUAAAUUAUGACUUGGUCAAAUAAACUUA